AUGAGUGAAUCAGAAUCAGAUGAAAACGCUAUAGCAUCAUCCGACUCAACGGCAUCACCAAAUAUUCUCCAACCACGACAACCUAUGGCUCCAAAUUACCUUCUCGUUUGGAUAGAUACCAGCAUCGACGAAACAAACAAGGAUUGCCAAGAAACAUUGGCUCAAUUGAAGAGCUUGAUCAACCAUGUCGUCCUAUGCACUGAACUGGAUCGAUGCAUCCAAGUACUCAACAAGGUUGACAAGGAACGUGUCUUCGUGAUAACAUCAUAUUUGUUAGGUCAACAUUUCGUUCCUGAAAUCCAUGGCACGCCACAGUUAGAGGCAAUUUACAUCUUUUGUGGCGACGAAUCCGGACAUCAAAAAUGGACUCAAAAUUGGGCAAAAAUCAAAGGUAUUCAUACAAAUAUGAAAGAUAUUUGUCAAGCAUUACAAGCGGAUGUCAAGCAAUAUAAUCAAGACUCGAUUGCUAUGAGUUUUGUCACCGUAAAUGAAUUGGCUUCCAUUUAUGAUUUAAAUCAGUUGGAGCCAACUUUUAUGUAUACGCAGAUAUUCAAGGAUAUUCUUCUUAAUAUAAAAUAUGGUGAACAGGCUAUCAAACAGUUUAUUGCUUAUUGCCGACUUCAUGACUGCGGAUCGACAAAGAAUAUUGAUGAAUUUGAAAAAAAAUACCAACCUCAAUUAGCUAUUUAUUGGUACACUCGCCCAACAUUUAUCUUUUCUAUGCUCAACGAUGGUCUUCGAACAAUGAACGCCGAUAUAAUUAUUACUAUGGGUUUUUUUCUACGUGAUGUACAUAGACAAAUUCAACAGUUAUACGAAAGACAAGUCAGUCACUAUGAUGGAAAACCUUUUGAAGUAUAUCGAGGGCAAGGUCUUAUGAAAUCAGACUUUGAAAAGCUUCAGAAAACACAAGGCGGUUUAAUGUCGUUUAAUAAUUUCUUGUCCACCAGCAAAGAUAAGGAAAUAUCCAUCGGUUAUGCUGACACUGCUUCAACAGUACCGGAUAAGGUGGGUGUUCUGUUUAUAAUGUCAAUUGAUCCUUGUAUUAAAUCAACACCAUUCGCCUCCAUCGAAAAGGAGAGUUAUUAUAAGGAAGAAGAAGAAGAAAUUCUCUUCUCAAUGCACACCGUCUUUCGAGUUGGUACUAUUAAACAAAUGGAUAAUAAUGAUCAACUUUAUCAAGUUGAAUUACAGCUAACAUCAGAUGGCGAUCAACAAUUACGAGAAUUGACAGAUAGGAUACGAGAAGAAGCUAGUGGUACUGAAUGGCAGAGAUUGGGUGACUUAUUGCUUAAAAUUGGCCAAUUCAAUAAGGCGGAAGAACUUUAUAAGGUAUUACUCGAGCAGACAUCAAAUGAGACUGAAAAAGCGUUUUGUUAUGUUUGUCUGGGAUAUGCCAAAAAUAGCCAGCGUGAUUAUGAAAUGGCUAUUUGGUAUUACAUACAAGGAAUUGAACUCUAUGAAAAAACUCUUCCUUCAAUUCAUCCUAAUUUGGCUACUUCAUACAACAACUUCGGUAAUGUGUACUGCAACAUGGGGCAGUACUUGAAAGCACUUUCAUUCUAUGAAAAAGCACUUGAAAUUCGACAAAAAGCUCUUCCUUCAAAUUCUCCUCAUUUGGCUAAUUCAUACAGCAACAUCGGUAAUGUGUAUACCAACAUAGGAGAGUACUCGAAUGCACUUUCGUUUUACGAAAAAGCACGUGAAAUUAAACAAAAAACUCUACCUUCAAAUCAUCCUUCAUUGGCUAUUUCAUACAACAAUAUCGGUUUGGUGUAUAACAAUAUGGGAGACUAUUGGAAAGCACUUUCACUUUACAAAAAAGCACUUGAAAUCUUUCAAAAAACUCUUCCUUCAAAUCAUCCUGAUUUGGCUAAUUCACUUGAUAACAUUGGGAUGAUGCAUUGGAAGAUGGGAGACUAUUCGAAAGCACUUUCAUUUUUCGAAAAAGUACUUCAAAUUCGACAAAAAACUCUUCCUUCAAAUCAUCCUGAUUUGGCUAACUCAUACAACAAUAUCGGUUUGCUGUAUAACAAUAUGGGAGAGUACUCGAAAGCAUUUUCACUUUACAAAAAAGCACUUGAAAUUCGACAAAAAACUCUUCUUUCAAAUCAUCCUGAUCUGGCUACUUUAUACGACAACUUCGGUAAUGUGUAUUGCAAUAUGGGGCAGUACUUGAAAGCACUUUCAUUUUACGAAAAAGCACUUGAAAUUCGAGAAAAAAUUCUUCCUUCAAAUCAUCUUGAUUUAGCUACUUUAUAUGAUAACAUUGGGGUGGUGCAUAGGAAGAUGGGAGACUACUCGAAAGCACUUUCAUUUCUCGAAAAAGCACUUGAAAUCUUUCAAAAAACUCUUCCUUCAAAUCAUCCUGGUUUGGCUAAUUCAUACAACAACAUAGGUUUGGUGUAUUUCAACAUGGAAGAGUAUUCGAAAGCACUUUCAUACUACGAAAAAGACGUUAAAAUUCGAGAAAAAAUUCUUCCUUCAAAUCAUCCUGAUUUGGCUAUUUCAUACAACAACAUCAGUACUGUAUAUUCUAAGAUAAGACAGUAUUCGAAAGCACUUUCAUUUCUCGAAAGAGCACUUGAAAUCUAUCAAAAAACUCUUCCUUCAAAUCAUCCUGAUUUGGCUACUUUAUACGACAACAUUGGUUGUCUGUAUGUCAACAUGGAAGAGUACUCAAAAGCACUUUCAUUUUUCGAAAAAGUACUUCAAAUUCGACAAAAAACUCUGCCUUCAAAUCAUCCUGAUUUGGCUACUUUACACAAGAAUAUCAAUCUUUCAUCAAUAUCAAAAUCAAAUUUUCAACAUUAUUAUAAAGAAAUUAUUAUUCCUCAUCAACUUCAAAUUAAUUCGAUUCGUUUAACAAAUUUAUUUAUCUAUAAUCAUCCCUUUUCACCACUUCGAAGAUUAACAAGCCUUUGUAAACUUGAAAAACUUAUUAUUCAUAAUAUUCAAUUGAAUUAUCUUGAGGAACUUUUAAUUUCUUUACGUGUUUUACCAAAACUUUACUCAUUAGAUAUUGAACCUAUUGAUGACAUAACGAAUCCAUCGCAUAUUUAUGAUCGAAUAUUUCGUUUACCUGUCUUAAAAUAUUGUCAAAUCUCUUUUAAAAUAAAAUCAAAUGCUAUUUUAUUACUUGAAACAACCAAUGAAUACAGUUCUAUUGAACAUCUUAUUAUUAAAAAUGAUAUUUCCUUUUACCACCUCGACACAUUAUUAUCAUUUAUUCCUCAUCUUCGUUAUUUAUCAUGUUUAAAUAUCUUUCGAUUAAAAGAUAAUCCAACAAAUAUUCGACCGAUUAUAUUAAAUAAAUUAAGUCAUAUUUUAUUUCAAAUGAGACAUACAACUUUUGAUCAAUUUAAACAAUGGAUUACAAAUCUUUCUCAUCGAAUUGAAGUCUUAUGUAUUUCAACAAAAUAUGAUAUGAAAUAUUUAGAUGCCAAUCAAUGGGAACAAUUAAUUAUAAAUCAUAUACCAUAUUUAAGAAUUUUUGAUAUUCAAUAUACUUAUACUGUCCAUAAAGACAAUCAAAUCAUGGCGUGUAAUUCAGCUGAAAUAGAACAAUUCAAUUCUUCAUUUUGGAUUGAACGUCAAUGGUCAUUUGAACAUUUACAUGGAUGGACAAAGAAUUGGGAUAAUAGAAUUUUCUAUUCAACUAAUCCAUAUAGAAGAAAAUAUUUUACAUUAUAUGGAGAAACUGGUCAAUUAGAGAAAAAAAUUCAUUUAAAUACAGUUCUUCAUGUUCAUAUUCGAAGUCUACAAGCAAUAAUCAAUUGUAUUUAUUAUUUUCCAAGUGUUACAAAAAUUACAUUUGAACAUAUAUUUGAUAUAUCACAGGAUUCAAUUGCUACCAGUCUGAAUUGUAUAAUUCCAUUGAAACAAAUAACAAAAUUAGUUAUUAAUUGUCAUUGUUUUUCUUUCGAACAAAUUAUUCAAAUCUUAUGUUUAACAUCUAAUCUUUGUAUAAUGAUACUUAAAUCUAUUUACCUUUCUAUACCAGAUUAUUGGUCUCUUCAACAGAAUGAAAAUUUUCAAAGCGUUUCGAAAACAAAUGGGAUAACAAAUAUAACAAUUGAAGAAAAAUGUAAAUUAAUAGACACUCGUUUACUUGUGGCUUUAUGUCCUCGAUUGGAACAUUUAACAAUUUGUAUUCCGACUGAUGUUUUUCAAUUAACUAUACGAUUUUUAUUGUCAAAAACUAAUGAAAAUAUUCGUCGAUUGUUUUCAUUAUGUCUUACACAUGUGUCUAAAAGUUUAGUUAAGACAUUGAAAACCUUUAUUGAUUCAGAAAAAUUGCUGGAUAAUUAUUUCUUAGAGUUUUUUGAAGAUAAAUUGUAUUUAUACUGGUAA